AUGUCGCUGUUCGCCCCGCUACCUUAGAGUUAGCUGUGCAUGCUUAACGUUAAUAAUACUUCGCACCUAACGUCACCAUACUCGUAACUCAUCCACUCUAGCAAGCAACCGUUCGCUUCAUAACGGGGUUGCCCAACUCAUUGGCAUAGGUAGCCCGCUUCCGGGUCGCUCGGUCUGCGGAGACUUUAUGCUUCAUCUACCCCUUAGUUAGGUAGCGAUCUACGGCUAGUAUCAUCUCGCUGCUGCAACUUCCCAUUCAUGUGUCUAACAUCUCCCGGCCUGUCCUCAUGCCUGUACGCUCAAAUCUACCUCGAGCAGCUCGCCGAUUCUCACGGUCGUUGCCGUCUUCAACUUACCGUCCGGCCUCGUCAGCAACACGCCGAGGAAAUAUACUCCUGAUCCAUACAAUGAGCGCCCUCGCUGCGGUAGACGAUAAUCUCCGUCCCAAGGAAAUAGAUACAGCAGCAUGUCUUAUCAUCGGUGACGAGGUCCUGGGCGGAAAGACCAGAGAAAAAAAUUCCUACACAAUGGCUAGAUGGUGUUUUGAGUUGGGAAUCAACCUGAAACGGAUCGAAGUCAUCCCGGACGACGAGGCUGAGAUCAUAGAAGCCGUCCGCCGCAUGAGUGAGCGGUACGACUUUGUGGUAACGAGCGGCGGAAUUGGACCUACCCAUGACGACAUCACGUACAAGUCAGUAGCAAAGGCUUUCGACCUCCCGCUGGUCCUUCACGAGGAGGCCUACGCUCGCAUGAAGAAGCUCUACAAACAGCGCCAGGAACAACCUCCUUUUAGCUGGGAUGAAGACUCGCCUGCCCGGCGGGCUAGGUUGAGGAUGGUCGAGCUGCCAACUGACCCGAAACUCCCACUAGCAAAGCAGGCACUUUUCCCAUGCGAGGACCUCUUCGUUCCCGUCGCUGUGGUCAAUGAAAAUCUGCACAUUCUUCCCGGCGUGCCAGUGCUGUUCGACAAAUUACUAUACGGCCUGACGCCGUCUAUUCUAUCCCGCCUGGGCCAACCCUUGUUCCGAGCCAGCAUCUCGACGCCGUUGCCCGAAAGCGCUAUCGCCGACUAUCUUACAACACUUGCGUCGCGCCUUGAACCCAGGAGGAUCAAGGUGGGGAGUUACCCCCAGAUAGGGAAGGAUGCGAAGAAUACGGUGACGCUGGUUGGGAAGUACGCGCCGCAACGUCCUUUCCGUAACGCAGCUGACGCCCAUGCAGAGAUGCCGAAUAUAUCAAGAGCAUCGCCUUAGAAGUGGCGAGCAACAUCCAAGGCCAGCUGACAGAAACGCAGCUUAGCCCUGAAGAACCGACACAUGCCAGUUAUGGAGAGAGCGAAGCCAACUAACGGAAUACCUUCAGAGUUGCCGACCUCAGUUCUUUCGUCCACAACUCCUCGUGACACGAUGGACAGGGGAGCUCAACCACGUGGAGCACUCGUCGGCCUUUGUUCAAAGGCGGCCGUUGACGGAUGCGGUCACGGGCGUAUGUAUGAGUUUGGCCAAUGUUGCUGUCGGCAUGCUUGUAGAUCGCUUCUAGAAGAAUUGAACCUCGCCUUCGCCUCCUCUCCCGUUAAUAGGAGAGCCGAGAUGAGCCAGAAUCUGCUGGGGUUGAUAAUGAUGGGAAUAAUCUUAUCUGCUCGCGAAAGAUUGAACCCAUCUUCGGAAAUGAACUCCCCCCCUGAAAACAGAGAAGCUGAGAGGACGGUCUUGGCAUGGAGACAAUAUAUCGUUUGGCUGGGACAUACUGCAG